AUGACUAAUAUUUGGAAUAAAAAUGAAAUAAUCACUCCAAUAUCAGAGUACAACUUGCUAUAUUAAUACAACAAGCACGUUCAUCAAGUCCAAAAUAUCAAAGAAUAACCAAUGAAUGUCGAGAAACCCUUCCAUAAGAAAAAACUCAAACCUACAACAUCUAAGAAAUUACUUGAAAUCAAACAUCCCGAAAACACAGAAAAUAAAAUGUUGGUGCAAAAAAUCUUAACAAUCAACAAUCAACCUUCAUCUUAUGCGUCAAAUGAGGACCUACCCAUUAAACCAUCGAAUUUAGGUUAGAAAAUAUUAGAAAUGAGAAAAUUGAUUGAAGAUAACGAAGGAAUUGAAAAGAGAAUCAAAUAAACAAGUAGUGUUAUCAACUUUGACAAGAUAAAAUAAGAAUACAAGAAAAAUAAAUUGUAUUUAAAGAAUCUCACUGCGCAUUCUCGACGCAUAUACAAUUGCUUUGUACCUAGGGCUCAAGUUCCAGUGGAGGCUAAAAAAAAGAAGAAAGUUACUGAAAAAAAAUAGCAGUUAUAGGAUCUCAAACGAUUGUAGUAAUAAUAGCCUGAGGAGGAAAAAGAUAAAAAACAUGUCGAAUAAGUGGAGGAAACUAAUGUAGCCGAUGUGUAAUAGAUGAAAAGCAAAUCAAACUUAGAUCAAGAUAAAUUGAUAUAUUAACUAAAUGAAUUGAAAUUAAAAGAAGACUGUUCAGAACAAUCAGAGGAUGAUUGA